AUGGUUUUCCAAAAUAGGCUCCCUUCUUGGAUUAUUUUGUGCUCCGUCUGGCUGUUCCGCUUUGCACACACGGGGGAGGCACAGGCUGCAAAAGAAGUAAUAUUGCUGGACUCUAAAGCACAACAGACAGAGUUGGAAUGGAUUUCCUCUCCUCCCAAUGGGUGGGAAGAAAUUAGUGGACUGGAUGAAAACUACACUCCUAUACGAACAUACCAGGUAUGCCAGGUGAUGGAAUCAAACCAAAACAACUGGCUUCGGACUAACUGGAUUGCAAAAAGCAAUGCACAAAGGAUUUUUGUAGAACUGAAAUUCACUCUGAGGGAUUGUAACAGUCUUCCUGGAGUUCUGGGGACUUGUAAAGAAACUUUUAACUUGUAUUAUUAUGAAACAGACUACGACACUGGCAGGAAUAUCCGAGAAAACCAAUAUGUAAAAAUAGACACUAUUGCAGCAGAUGAAAGUUUUACCCAGGGUGAUCUUGGGGAGAGAAAAAUGAAACUUAACACAGAGGUGAGAGAAAUUGGACCUUUGUCCAAAAAAGGAUUCUAUCUUGCAUUUCAGGAUGUAGGGGCCUGCAUUGCUUUGGUCUCUGUCAAAGUCUACUACAAGAAGUGCUGGUCCAUCAUUGAGAACUUAGCUAUUUUUCCUGACACAGUGACUGGCUCAGAGUUUUCCUCUUUAGUUGAAGUACGAGGAACUUGCGUCAGCAGUGCAGAGGAGGAGGCAGAGAACUCGCCAAAGAUGCACUGCAGCGCAGAGGGAGAAUGGUUAGUGCCUAUUGGAAAAUGUAUCUGCAAAGCGGGAUACCAGCAAAAAGGAGACACGUGUGAACCUUGUGGCCGUGGGUUCUACAAAUCCUCCUCACAAGAUCUGCAGUGCUCCCGCUGCCCUACUCACAGCUUCUCUGACAAAGAAGGAUCUUCGAGAUGCGAUUGUGAAGAUAGCUAUUAUAGAGCACCUUCUGAUCCACCAUAUGUCGCAUGCACAAGACCUCCAUCUGCACCACAGAAUCUCAUUUUCAAUAUCAACCAGACUACCGUGAGUUUGGAGUGGAGUCCUCCUGCUGACAACGGGGGAAGAAAUGAUGUGACCUACCGCAUUUUGUGCAAGAGGUGCAGCUGGGAGCAGGGUGAAUGUGUUCCCUGUGGGAGUAACAUUGGAUAUAUGCCCCAGCAAACUGGAUUAGUAGAUAACUAUGUCACUGUCAUGGACCUGCUAGCUCAUGCUAACUACACGUUUGAAGUUGAAGCUGUGAAUGGGGUUUCUGACUUGAGUCGUUCCCAGAGGCUUUUUGCAGCUGUCAGUAUUACCACUGGUCAAGCAGCUCCCUCGCAAGUUAGUGGAGUAAUGAAAGAGAGAGUGCUGCAGAGGAGCGUGGAGCUUUCCUGGCAGGAACCAGAACAUCCCAAUGGAGUCAUUACUGAAUAUGAAAUCAAGUAUUAUGAGAAAGAUCAAAGGGAGAGGACCUAUUCAACAGUGAAAACCAAGUCCACUUCAGCUUCUAUUAAUAACCUAAAGCCAGGAACAGUGUAUGUUUUCCAGAUUCGUGCUUUUACUGCUGCUGGUUAUGGAAAUUACAGCCCCAGACUGGAUGUUGCCACACUAGAAGAAGCCACAGCCACGGCUGUUUCCAGUGAACAGAAUCCUGUUAUUAUCAUAGCUGUGGUUGCUGUGGCAGGAACCAUCAUUCUGGUCUUCAUGGUGUUUGGAUUCAUCAUCGGGAGAAGGCAUUGUGGCUAUAGCAAAGCUGAUCAAGAAGGGGAUGAAGAACUUUACUUUCAUUUUAAAUUUCCAGGCACCAAAACCUACAUUGACCCUGAAACCUACGAGGACCCAAAUAGAGCUGUCCAUCAAUUCGCCAAGGAGCUAGAUGCCUCUUGUAUUAAAAUUGAGCGUGUGAUUGGUGCAGGAGAGUUUGGUGAAGUGUGUAGUGGGCGUCUAAAGCUUCCUGGCAAAAGAGAUGUUGCAGUAGCCAUAAAAACUCUGAAAGUUGGCUACACUGAAAAGCAAAGGAGAGAUUUCCUAUGUGAAGCAAGCAUCAUGGGACAGUUUGACCACCCCAACGUUGUUCACUUAGAAGGGGUCGUUACCAGAGGGAAACCAGUCAUGAUUGUAAUAGAAUACAUGGAGAACGGGGCCUUAGAUGCAUUUCUUAGGAAACAUGAUGGGCAAUUUACAGUCAUUCAGCUAGUGGGAAUGUUGAGAGGAAUUGCUGCUGGAAUGAGAUAUUUGGCCGAUAUGGGAUACGUACACAGGGAUCUUGCAGCACGCAAUAUUCUUGUCAACAGCAACCUUGUUUGUAAAGUGUCAGACUUUGGCCUUUCCAGAGUUAUAGAAGAUGAUCCAGAGGCCGUCUACACUACUACUGGUGGAAAAAUUCCAGUGAGAUGGACAGCUCCAGAGGCCAUCCAGUACCGCAAAUUUACAUCAGCCAGCGAUGUGUGGAGUUAUGGAAUAGUUAUGUGGGAAGUAAUGUCUUACGGAGAACGACCUUACUGGGAUAUGUCAAAUCAAGAUGUAAUAAAAGCAAUCGAAGAAGGCUAUCGUUUGCCAGCACCCAUGGAUUGCCCAGCAGGACUGCACCAGCUGAUGCUAGAUUGUUGGCAGAAGGAACGUGGUGAAAGGCCAAAGUUUGAGCAGAUAGUUGGUAUUCUGGACAAAAUGAUUAGAAACCCAAACAGCUUGAAAACCCCACUGGGAACCUGUAGCAGACCAAUUAGCCCUCUUCUGGACCAGAACACUCCCGAUUUUACUACUUUCUGCUCCGUAGGCGAAUGGUUACAAGCUAUUAAGAUGGAAAGAUAUAAGGAUAAUUUCACAGCAGCAGGCUACAACUCUCUUGAAUCAGUUGCCAGGAUGACUAUUGAAAUCAAAAACAUGCCAGGUGCUUUGCAAAACAGAGAACAAGAGAAAUCCCUUUCCAGAAGAGAUGACAGCCUGAAUAGAAAUGACAUAAUGGCAGGAGACAAAGGAAGCAGAAAGGGGAAGCAAAACAAGAGUUAUAACCAUAAGAUCAUGAGAUUGGUUUGGAGGCACAGUGAACGCUAUGAGGCAUUUUUUUAA